AAAACCACUGCACCUAGCCACAUUUAAGGUUUAAGCCUUAUAUAUAUGUAAAGCACCAUUAAUUCAUUAUUCUUUGAGCAAAAUAUCCUCUGCACUUCCUUCUGCAGCUAGCAGCAAUGAAAGCCCUCUCUGAAUUCUUCUACAACCUCAGAACCAUGACCAUAGUCUUCUUCACUCUCCUACUUAUUGAAAUCAUAAUUCUGAUCCGUUCACUCACCGGAUUAAGCCCCAACUCCGAUAAACUUGUAAUCACAACAAGCCAAUACCUUAAACUCAUUGAAAAAAAGAACCCCACAAUUAGUUUCAGUAAAAGAACGAGGAUUAUGGCCGAGCCAAUUGAAUGCACUGUGUGUUUAUCCGAAUUUGAAGAAGGAGACAAGGUUAGAAAUUUGCAAUGUAAGCACACAUUCCAUAAGGAUUGCCUAGAUAGCUGGCUACAACAAUAUUGUCGUGCUACAUGCCCACUUUGCCGGAUUAAGGUUGUGCCGGAUGAGAUUGUGGAUAGUUAUCGUCGGAUGCGAAAUCAGGUAGAGUAUGAUGGGAAUGAUGAGGAGAUUGUUUUCUUCUUGUCUGCAUUACAUGGCAAUAAUUUCCGUAGAUGGUUCUAAGUUCUCAGCACCCAACUUUUGUACGUACAUAGAAGCAUAUAUGUAGCAGAUUCUUGUUUUGUGUUAUCAACUUUUUAAGAACAAAAAAUGUAGGAAUUUUCACAUAUUGCUUCAGAUUAAUGUAUGUCUUGAUCAAGACUAUAUUCAAAAUGUAAUGAGAUGAAUUACUCA